AUGGCCCUCAACUUUGCCGCCGCGGCUCCUCUGAAGCCGGAGAUUCGACUGGGUCAAGCUGUGAAACAGUUCGAAGCAAGCCUUUUGGACGGACAAAAGCUCACAUUUCAGACCCAGCGGACGCAGACGGUCAAGUCUCCUCCGAGCACCAAGGACGUUAUGCGACUCACCGCAGAGAUCAACUCUUCGCGAAAGGUGGGAGAGCGUUGCUUUGGACCUCGGUUUUCCAAGUUUUUCCAUGGAGCGCAAGAGUUUGCUGCUAUUGGCGAUGUGGUUGUAGGCAGUUCCCAGAACGUCGCCGCCUGUGGUGUAUGGACAGUGAUACGGAUGACCUUACUGGCGGCUACUAAGCGUUCGGAGUACAUCGAAAGUUUGUCCUCCCUUCUUAUGGAAGCUGGCCAUUCGACCCAACAGCACUCAGAUUUGGCAGUGCUGUACCCUCGCUCAAAGACCCUGCAAACCAACAUCAUCGAGUUCUUCAUUGUUGUAGUACAUAUAUGUCUUCGUUUCCAUCGGUAUACCCAGAAAUCCGGGCCGGCCCAGUUCGUAUCUUCGCUCAACGAUAGCGACAUCAAAGAACUGCGAGCAAGCCUUAUUACCUGGUCGAAAUCUAUUCAAGAAGAGAUCACAACCCUUGUCGCACAAACGGUAGAAACGGAAGCUAAGAGUAAUUCGGCCUUCAGAGCACUGAUGAGCUCCAGCUUUAACAGAGCUUAUGAACGGCAAAAGCAGAUUACUCUUCAUAAGAUCUGGAAUCGCUGUUCAACCUAUGACUACGAGACCCCAUGGAGACAGAUCCGCAAAGCUGGUAACACCUGUUUGUAUAAGCAAUUACCUGAGUACAACCAAUGGAUAGGGGCGCCAGCUUCAGAGAGUCUGAUUUUGGUUGGCAAACUUGGCUAUGGAAAAUCCGUUACGCUUGCGAAUAUUGUGGAUGAUAUUAACUUGCGCAUCGAGCCAAAAACUUCUGGGCUAGCAUAUUUCUUUUGCCGACACGAUCUCCCCGAGAGCAAACACGCAAGGACCGUGAUUGGUGCACUCGUACGCCAGAUCAUCAGCCCACUCGAACACUCCCUCCAUGAACUCAAGGUCUUGGAUAGGUACAAUCUUCCUCAACUCCUCGCUCUGAUGCGUCACGUCGUCCCCCCUCAAUAUGUCCUGUAUAUCAUACUUGACGGCCUGGAUACAUGUUCUCCCUCAGAACGAGAGACAAUCACGGAGCAACUGGAACUCAUGGCGAUGCAUUUUAACGUACACAUCUGCAUUUCCCGUCGUCUGGAACCUGGAACCGAGCUGCAGUCUAUCGCUAAAGACUUUCCAAAAGCAACUAUUGCCAGGCUUCCCGACAACGCUUCGGAUAUCGAAACAUACGUCGACGCACAAUUAGAGGCCGCUUUAUUGGAAAAGAAGCUGGUCUUGGGUGACCCCACUAUUAUCCUGGAGAUCACGAAGGCGCUCUUGGACGGCUCGCAACACAUGUUUCUGUGGGUUGCUCUUCAAAUUCAGUCGCUUUGCAUGAUGCAAACCGAUCACGACAUUCGAAAAGCGCUCACCAACUUGCCCCAAGAUCUUUCGCAAAUCUACAGCCAAAUACUCCAGCAAACAAAGCUUUCUGAUCAUACACUACGAUCGAAUAUGUUCAAGCUUAUCUUGGCUGCGAGACGGCCACUCACGCUCCCCGAAAUGCGAGAAGCAUUGAGUGUUACCCCAGCAAACACUACGUGGGAUCCUUCUAAACUUCUCAAUAGUAUAUAUCCGGCACUAGCAACCUGUGGGUGCCUUAUCACUGUCGAUGAGGAGGAACACACGAUACGUACAGUCCACCCGAGUGUGAACCAAUACUUGCUUCAACCACUAAGCUGCGACCUGUCCAAAAUCGCAGAUUGGUCUGAGGAGCAAAAUCACUUCACAAUGGAGGACGCGCAGAAAUUAAUGUCGUUGACCAUUGUCACCUACCUCGGUUACGGUAUCUUUGGCACGGAGCUUGCUGUUCGCCUGCCUGUGAUCGAUGUAGGAUCAACGCCCGCCGAAAUCAUCCAUACGUUGGGUGCAGGCAAAGUUCAAUCUAUGGCUUUGAAGAUGCUGCGGUCAAGAAAGCAGACCAACUUCGAUGCUUCCAGUUCUUUUGCUCAAAACUCCAAGUCGCCUCGCCCACCGAGCAGGGAUGGCUUCCUCUUCCAACACUAUGCAAAGCUGUACGCUCUACAACAUCUGUCAGAACUCCCUGCGGUAUCAUGCGCUACUGCAGAGAAUCUGUUGCGAAUGGCGAAAAGUGGCGCAAUGAUAGUCAAAUCCAUUGAGGAGGCAAUCGGACUACUUUGGCUCACGCUCCGACCGCCUGGAAGAUCAGACUUUCUGGAGCUUUUCACACAUAUAGACUUGAGUGCAGUUGAAGUCUGGGGCUGGUCAACCGCUCCAAGUCUGGCCGAUUUGUUCUGCCAGCUGUUCAAGUCAGCCAUAACCAAUGGUCGUACGCAGGCGAUCAAGUACCUGAUGGAUUUGUACGAUCCACUUAUCGGCGUAUCUCCCGAAGCUGUGCAGCCACUCCCAAAUCUUGCUUUCCCCGCACUUAAGGAUUUCUACCAUCGUAAUGGAAAGCCUUCAACGAUGUUCCUUGGAUAUGCUCCCUUACACCAUGCUAUUAACAAUUUCCAAGACGACUCUUUGGAUCUUCUUUUGAGCUACGGUUUCUUUGAUCUCAACAUUCCCAAUGAGCUUAAUCCUCUUAGCGUUGCUAUUGAGAUUGAGAAUCAUAGAGCCUUGGAACUAUUGCUCUCUGCACAGCACGCGGCGAAAAGAUCGUUGACACUAAAGACUGCGCAGCGGGGAAUCGAACUUGCCAUCGAACUGAGAAAGGACGACUCCAUCUUGUCGUUGCUUCAAAACUACAUCGAUUUGAUGUAUCCGAACGCUGCUGGUCACGACAGCGUGACAAAGUUCCAGUACCGAAAGCACUCCAUGAAGUCAUCUGAAGUUAUACAAAGCGGUUUUGAUUCUUGA